AUGUAUUCGAUGAGGAUGGUUCUUUGUUCCGUCGGCUCGUUCAGUAAUCUUGCCGGAGUCUUCCUCUUGCCAGCAAGAAGAUUGGUACACACUAGAUUCUCCAAGAAACUGUCCAGUAACCUGACUCUGGUCAAAUCGUCAUUGCAACAACACGACAACAGCCAAGUUAACAAACCUGUUGUCAUUCUCUACAGCUGGUUGCUGGCUAAAAAUAGGCACAUUAACAAGUGUUCAGACAUUUAUUUAGAUAGAGGAUUUGAUGUAUUGCAAGUCAAAGUUUCUCCAAGGCAAGUCCUGUGGCCAGCGGCAGUCAUACCAACAGUUGAUUCCGUCAUUGACUUCAUCUCAAACUUGAAAUCAUCAAUCCUUGUUCAUGGCUUCUCCGUCGGUGGCUUUGUGCACACUGAGGUGAUGUACAAAAUGUCAAAUUCAGAUAACGACAUGCACAUGCAAGCAAUUAAAAAGAUGAAGGGUCAGAUUUUUGACAGUGUUGUUGAUUUUAUUGGCAUCGGGGAAGGUAUUAGUACAGCCAUGUUUCGCAGGAGUCCCAUUUUGAGAAUUCUUUCUAGGUCUUUAAUAAAUAAUUAUUUGAGUCUCACUGAGAAAUCUGUCGGUUGCAUAUAUAGGAGAGAUUCAGAAUUUUUUCAUUUAAAUCCUUUAAAUAUUCCUUCCCUCAUGUUGCACUCUACCAAGGAUCAAAUUGGUAGUGUUGGGCCUAUCGAGAGAGCCAUUAAGAAAUGGAGGAAUAAAGGAAUUCUAGUUGAUUCCAAAUGCUGGACCGAUUCCACACACGUUAACCAUUUCAAGACACACCCUGAUGAGUACAUAAAAAUGAUAGAUAAUUUUUUGGCAGUUUUGGAAUUGAGCAAUGCGGGAGUGAAUGUAAAUGAUGAAGAAGCUAUUGAUAACGUUGCUAAAUCGUCAUUCAUGACGUCACCGACUAAAUCAUUCUCUCAUCUGCAUUCACGGAAAGCAACGUCAGAACAAUCAGAAAACGAAUCAACUCUGCCUGAAUCUAUUGGUAAAAGAAGGUCCAAUUCUUCAAUGGAAGAAAAAACGAAAAUUUCUGUUAAAAAUAUUUAA